AUGGUAGAGAUAAAAAUUGUAGAUGGUGAAUUAAACCAAAAACAAGGAGCCGCUGGAGAAGCCGAAGAAGAAAAAAUAAAUGGGACAAUUAUUAGAAAUCAAUUCAAGCAAUUCGAUUUUGUCUCUUCUACAGCUCAAGAUGAGAAAGGAAUUACUUAUCAUUAUGCUCCCUCUUCCUCUCCCGGUAAACAUCAAAUAAACAACAGCAGUAUUGACAGGCACAAUAGAAUAAUGCAGGAGUGGAAGAUACUCAAAACGGGAUUACCUGAUUCAGUUUAUGUCAAGGUCUACGACAAUGAUGUUAUAAGAGCUGCAAUAAUCGGUGGAGCAAGUACGCCUUACCACGAUGGUUUAUUCUUCUUUGACAUAAUACUGCCACUUAAUUAUCCAAGAGUCCCGCCUGCAGUUCGCUGUUAUAAUGAAUGCACACUUUGCAAUCUACAUGGUGCGGGGGUCGACCGUUUUAGAAUAGAUACCCGUUGGGCAACUUAUCAAUGCCAGAAAUUGCUAGUUGCUAAAUGGAACCCAAAUACAUCGACUAUACUGGAUAUUUUGUUAUCUAUUCAACUUGUGUUUCAAACCGAGAACCCGUAUUUUAGCAACCAUGGGAUGAACACGGAAGAUCCUCGUUUACAAAAAGCCAUUAAGAACGGUUACAAGUUGGAUGAAUCUUUUGAGUGCAAUGAAAGACUCUUCAAGGCAAACUGUCUGGCAAUGCUGGUUACUCUGAGGCACCCACCAAAAGAUUUUGAAGAAUUUGUGGCACAACAUUUUCGUGACCGUGCAGAAACAAUUUUGACCGCUUUUAACGGUUACAAAAUCAAAUGUGGUGAUCAUUACAAAUAUGAGAGGAAGAUGGGCAGGGAAUGUCAUGAUUCUAUGGUCAGUGAUGUAUAUAAAAAGCUUUUGAAGGCAUUUAUAAGGAAUGGUUCUUCAUUGAAUGAUUUUGUUGGAGACAUUAACUUGGAUGACGAUGACUCUGGCAAUGUUGUCACCACCGAAUGUCAUGAAUCGGCUGUGAUCACGCUUUGGGUUUUUGGACUUCUUUUUAUAUGCAUGCUUUGUGUUGGGAUUUGGGGUAUAAUUCAAACGAUUAGAGGCAAUUCUUAA